UCCUCUGAGCUUUUUAGAUGUACAUAAUCCCUGAGUUGACCCAGAAAAUAGGCAGUCGUUUCAAGAUCUGAUGCGGCAGUCUUUGUGCACCUCAUCCGCGAUUGAGCAUGAAGCGUUACCCCGUGGAGCACAUACUGUAAUUCAGAGAAGCUUUGCCUUGCAGAGGAAAACUGUUUAAAAAGACGGAACUGAAGCAAAGUCGCGCAACUUUGUGAAAACGGAGCGGAUACGGACAGGAGGUAUGGCAGACCAUCUGAUGAUGCCCAUGAAUCACAGCUCAGCUGGCGCCAGUCUCCACGGUUACAGGAUGGGCAUGAAUGGCGGCCUGCAGGCAGGUCACCAGCAGCAUGCCAACCAGCAGGGCAUGCGGGCGCUGCCCAAUGGCCAGCUGAUGCACUACGGUGGCACCCAGGCCAACAUGGAGACAGCCAUGAGGCAGCGGCAAGGCAUGGUGGGUGGACCAAUGAAUGGACAGCUGAAUGGGGCCCAGAUGGGUCACCACCAGAUGACUUCUGGUAACAUCAUGUAUAAUGGCCAGCCCCAGCAGCAACAGCAUCAUCCUCAGCAGCAGCAUCACAUGCAUCCACAGCAGCACCAGCAACAAGCCCAGCACCCGCAGCAGCAGCAACAGUUCAUGAACGGAGGUUUAACAUCCCAGCAGCUCAUGGCCAGCAUGCAGCUGCAGAAACUCAACACCCAGUACCAUGGACACCCACUGGGGCCUAUGGGAGGGAACCACAUGGGGCCCACAACCCAGUACCGCAUGAACCCGGCCCAGCUGGCUAACAUGCAGCACAUGGCUGGGCCGGCCCUGGCCCUGAAUGGCAUGGAUGCGGAUAUGAUUGACGAGGAUGUCCUGACUUCACUGGUCAUGGAGCUGGGCUUGGAUAGGGUGCAGGAGCUGCCAGAACUCUUCCUGGGCCAGAAUGAGUUUGACUUCAUCUCAGACUUUGUGAGCAAACAGCAGCCCAGUACUGUUAGUUGCUGAGAGAACCUAAUUUUCAAAAUGGAACAAACGGAGACAGAAGAGCAAGAAUAGUCCAGGGUCGAUGUGGGGUGCUCACCUCUUCACUUUUUAAUUUGUCAGCACCUUCCUGUACAACUAAGCCAAGGUUUAGUACAGGAUGCAUAGAAGAGAACACUGGAUAUCCACAGUGACCACACAAUGCUCAAGUCUCAUGUGCUGGUGGCCAGAGGGUGGCUGGCUUUAAUGCCUAAUCCCACUUCUCCCAUUUCCUGGACAUGAAUGUAAUAAAGAAAUGAUGACAUUCAUAAAAGCCACUCUGAACAAUGCUAUGACACUGUGUAGCUUCCAAGCCUGGACUCCAUGACAGUUUACCAGUAAAAAGGUGUAUUUAUUUAUUCCUAUCUGAGAAAACUGACAAAAGAACAACCACCUUCUCCAUUUUGGGAAGAAAGUGUUUUAUUAUUAUUAUUUUUUGAAAGUAGGACAGGGGAGAAGUUUAAAUUUGUCUGCUAAUGAUUUUUCCCAUUCUGUUUGGCCUAGUAGUAAAAAUAAGCUCAGAUGACAAGGUCAUCUAAAAAGAGCCUGGAUUUUUUGUCAGGAAUGAUAGACAUGACAGAAGUACAAUGUCUCGCUUCAAUGGGAAUCUCAUCCAGAUUUUAAAAUGGUUCACUUUUGGUAAAGUGCUGCCUUUUUAGAUGUAGUGUUCUCAAAAAUCUACUGCUUGUUCUGUAUGAAGCUGUAUACCUCCAACAAUGUCACCACUGUUGUGUUCUAUUGG